AUGAAGCUCUUAGCUUUCAUUCCCGCUCUUUCAGUCCUGCUCACCGGCGUCGCUGCCUUCCCUUCCUAUGGCGACCUGAGCAAAGUUGACUAUUCUGCCUUCCUCGAAAAGGCCGCCCAGAUCAAAGGGGGCCAGGAACUCAUCAAGCGAGCAACCAACAACAGCCAGACUACCGGCUUCGAGCAGCGAACCUUCCAUGCUCUCAUCAACCCGGCUAGCUUCAAGUUCAAUCCGCAAGAGCAGCACAUCGAUCUCACUUCGGAGGAGCACAAGUUCAUCCCUCCCGGUCCCAACGAUAUUCGUGGUCCCUGUCCCGGUCUAAACUUGCUCGCCAACCAUGGCUAUCUCAACCGUAACGGCGUGACCAACCUUUUCCAGGGUGUCGAUGCCAUCGGCAAGGUCUUCGGUGUCGAAGCCGACCUUGGUCUCGCCCUGAAUGCCUAUGCUGUGGUGUUCAACGGCAACAUCCUCGACCUCACCUGGUCCAUCGGCGGUCCCUACAAGUCCCAGGGUCUCGGACAGGUCACCGAUCUCCUCCUCGGCACCCCCGGUGGUAUCAAUGCCCACAACAUCUACGAGGGAGAUGCUUCGAUCGUCCGUCAAGACUACUACGCGCCCGAUGCCAAUCACGACAAUGUCCAGGUCCACCUGCCCUACUUCCAGGACCUUCUCGACCUCGGUAACAACGACCAGACCGAGGACAAGGACGUAUACACUGCCGAGCUCAUGCUUAAGCACAAGUCGAACCGAUGGCAUCAGUCGGUGGAGACCAACCCGCUCUUCUUCAACUCGGCAUUCGGUGGACUCGUCGUGACGACCGCAGCUGAGCGCUUCGUUGCCGAGUUCGCCGCCAACAACACCGUCGACGAGAAUGGCUACAAUCGACUGUACCUCGACGAGAAGAACCUUCUCGCCUUCUUCUCCGUGGAACGCACCGCCAACGGUCUCAAGUACACCCCCGGCCACGAGAGGCUGCUGCCCGGUUGGACUCGUCGUCCGCUCGGCGCCACGUUCGGUCUGGACGACAUCGUUCUCACGCUGCUGCACGCUGCUGCCAUUGACCCCAGUCUUCUCAGUGUCGGAGGUAACGCUGGCAAGGUCAACACCUUUACCGGCGUGGAUGUCGGCAACCUCACCGGUGGCCUGUACAACUUUGAAACCCUGGCCAAGGAUCCCCAGGCCCUCGCUUGCUACCUCUACCAGAUCGGUAUCGAGGAGCUGGUCCCCACCCAGAUCAACGUGCUCUACAAGGUGACCGGACAGGCGCUCGACUUUGUCGCAAAGUACCUCACUGCUCCUUGGAAGAAGCUGGCCACUGCCGGAGGCAACCCCUGCGACAGCUUCAACUCGAACAUUGCCCAGUCUUACAGCAAGUACCCCGGAUCCAAGAUCGAGAGGAACGGCCAGACGGGCCUUCUGACCAACCUGCUCGGCCUCAGCAGGAAGCGUCGUCGCAGUGCCGACAAGUGA